AAAAAAUAAGGAAAAGUUUUGGAUUUGCGUGUAAUGUUAUUUUAUUGAAGAAUGUGUGGUUGAAAUGACAUCAAAUCACUGUCUAAGAAUGUACUUUUUUGAAAGAAUGUGGAUCAAGCAAGGGCUUAAUCUUAGUUAUUAAAACAUUAUGUUCAAGUCCUUUUCCCUUCUUUAAGAUUCACAAAUAAUUCCAUGACCUUUGCGUAGAUUGAUAAUGCAGUUCUAUUGACGUGUUCCACAAAAGGACAAAGGGUUGGUAAGUUCGUAUUCCAUAUUGAAGGAAUUCUAACUGAAUUUUGCAUUUCACUCGUGCAGUUUACGAGUUCGGGGCACACCAAUGUACGUGAUAAUGCUAUCAUGAUUACCAGUACCAUUAUAGUUGUUCUUUUCAGCACCGUGGUGUUUGGCUUGAUCACUAAACCUCUGGUGAGGUUCUUAUUGCCUUCAUCAAAACAAUUAACUAGAAUGAUUUCAUCGGAGCCAGUUACCUCGCAUACCAUCACGCCGCCACUUCUUGGCGGUGAGCAGGACUCCUUAACCGAUCUUUAUGGACAAAGUAUAGCAAACGGACCAACUUCAGAAGCUAGUGGAGUUGGCCAAAAUGUGCCCCGUCCAAACAGUUUACGGAUGCUCCUAUCCCCUCGUACUAUCCAUUAUUAUUGGAGAAAAUUCGAUAAUGCUUUUAUGCGUCCUGUUUUUGGUGGACGUGGUUUCGUUCCUUUCGUACCCGGCUCGCCAACCGAACGAAGUGUGCAUCAUUUCGUUGAAGAACUUGAAAAAGCUGAAAGAACACUGAAUUAGAUCAUCAGCCAGGUUACUAGGUAUUGCGUACAUAAUCAAUUUUUGGCUUUCAUAUGUUAAUAUUAUAGUGUAUUUCGUUAUUGAGAUCAAGCGGAUGUAUACAAUAGCAAUGAUUGUAAAACUAUUUGUUUUGUGAUGUUCACUUACCUAAUAGUUUGUGUGGGAAACUAGAAUGUUAUAUAAACGCCAUAUUAUUGUAUAUUGUUUUCUUCUUGUACAUGAGUUCAA